AUGAGGCCCAGCCUUCACUUCGUCGCUUUCUCCAGCCUCAUCGGUGGUGAUCUCUGUCAGGAAACAGAUCAAGCCACGCGGCAGGUUGCCAUCAUCGGGGCCGGGCCCGCUGGAUCUUCCGCUGCGUAUUUCCUUCAGAACUUUGCCUCUGAGGCUGGAAUCCACGUCAACAUCACGCUCUUCGAGAAGACAGACCGCAUUGGCGGCCGGACGCUCACUAUCAACCCCUUCGAUGACCCGGCCCAGCGCGUUGAGCUGGGUGCCAGCAUCUUUGUCCAGGCAAACCAGAUUCUCUAUGGCUCGCUUGCGGAGUUCGGCCUCACCACGCGGGAACCUGACGCCGAUGCAGACCCCAUCAUGGGUAUCUGGGACGGUGACCGCUUCGUCUUCACGAUUGACCAGGCCAAGCCGGACUGGUGGAAUACCCUGAAGGUCGUUUUGCGGUACGGAUACACGGCUCCUCAGCGAACCCAGCAGUUGGCCGCUGCUACCAUCGCCAAGUUUCUCCGGAUUUAUGACGCGCCAAUCUUCCCCUUCCGAUCCCUGACGGAGGCCGCACAAGACCUCGGACUGGUUGAGGCGACAGGCGUCACCGGAGAGCAGUUCCUGAACGCGAAUAGCAUCUCCCCGCUCUAUGCCCAUGACAUCAUCCAGGCCAGUACACGGGUCAACUAUGCCUCUAAUCUUGCCCUAAUUCACGGACUGGAUACCAUGGUCUCCUUGGCCGCUGAAGGCGCGGUUGCUGUCGUGGGCGGUAACUGGCAGAUCUUCGACGGGAUGGCUCACAGAUCAGGUGCCACCAUCGCUCUCAACACGACCGUCGUGGGGCUCGAGAAGAGCCAGGGGAGUGCGUCCAGCCACCCGCAGUACACAGUCUCGACAACGUCCGGCAGCGCCCCGGGGAGUACGAGUGCAUACCCAGUCGCGUUCGACAAUGUCGUCAUCGCCAACCCCUUCCAGUUCAGCGGAAUCUCUGCUGCCGAGGGCGUACUUCAGAGCACCAUUGACCAGAUACCCUACGUGCAGCUGCACGUCACCAUCUUUGCUUCGCCCUCCUGGUUCAAGCCUCAAUUCUUUGGCCUGCCCAAGUCCAGCAAACCGCCCGGUAUGGUUUUGACCACCCUCGCCAAAACCGACAACUCAACUUCUGGGGUGGGAGGGGUUGGGAAAGCGGGCUUUUUCAGCCUGAGCAACCUUGGCAAGGCGGCAAACCCGCAGACACAGCAGCAGGAGUAUGUCUACAAGAUCUUCUCCCCAGAGAAGGUCACUCCCGGAUUCUUGAGUGGCCUGCUCGGGGCAAAGGUUCCCGAGACGUUCACCGGCAAAUCAAGCCCGAUCUCGUGGUAUCAUCCUCAUGUCUUCCACUCGUACCCCAAGGCGUACCCCCGGGUUACCUUCCAGGACCCCAUCGUCGGCGAGGGUGUGUACUACACCUCGGGCAUGGAGAGCUUCAUCUCAACGAUGGAGACAAACGCGUUGAUGGGGAAGAACGUUGCACGCUUGAUCGUUGACGACAUAAGCGGUGGUCCGUGGGAGGACAAGCAGAACGUCUUGAACUAG